AUGGGGAAACUAGCCGUUGCAGCUAUCACGAGCUUGUGGGUGAUUCCCAUGUCGAUUAUCGUCAAUCACAUUGUCCCCGAACCCUACAUGGACGAGAUAUUCCAUGUGCCUCAAGCUCAGCAAUACUGCAAUGGGAAUUUAAGGAGCUGGGAUCCAAUGAUCACUACUCCACCUGGCUUGUACUAUCUUUCACUUGCACAUGUUGCUUCAUUGUUUCCAGGAAUGUUGUUGAUGAAUAAUACUACUCAGUCCUUUUCAGAAGCUUGUUCUACGUCUGUCCUGCGAUCUACGAACGCCGUUUUUGCAGUGUUGUGUGGGGUUUUGGUGUAUGAGAUAAUCAGAUUCUUGGGGCCAAAUCUCAGUGAUAGAAAAGCAACUUUGAUGGCGUUAGUCAUGUCGCUUUACCCUCUCCAUUGGUUCUUCACUUUCCUCUACUAUACAGAUGUUGCGUCUCUAACCGCAUUUCUUGCCAUGUACCUCGCUUGUUUGAAAAGAAGAUAUAUGCUCAGUGCAUUGUUUGGUAUGUUAGCAAUUUUUAUCCGGCAAACAAAUGUAGUCUGGAUGCUUUUCGUUGCUUGCUCAGGUGUUAUAGACUUCACUCUUGACUCGCCUAGGCAAAAAGAAAAACAAAAUGUGAAUCAAGAUUUGCAUCAGAACGUUGAUAGAAAAGGAGCAACUUUGAGAUCAAAUCUUAGAAAAAGGAAAUCUGAUAGCAGCUCGGAUACGAGAAACCGUUUUAACCAUGGUGAAAUGAUUUCUUCAACAGAGGAUGCUUCAGGCUUGGUCUACGAUAUAUAUGCUUUAAUCUCAACAUCUUGGAAGAUGAAGUGGAGCCUUUUGUUCAAGUUUAGCCCUUUUGUCUUCGCUGGGGCUGCAUUUGGUGUUUUUAUCCUCUGGAAUGGGGGCAUAGUCCUCGGUGCAAAAGAGGCUCAUGUAGUUUCACCGCAUUUUGCGCAGAUAAUGUAUUUUAGCCUCGUCUCUGCUCUUUUCACUGCUCCUCUACACUUCUCAGUAGAUCAUAUGAGAAGUCUGUUCCAAAAGCUCCAUAGAAAUUGGCCCUUAAGCCUUCUACUAGUUCUUGUGGCUCUGAUUGCCGGAUUCGCCUCUGUACACUUUUUCAGCUUGGCUCAUCCUUAUCUUCUGGCCGAUAAUCGCCAUUAUCCUUUCUAUCUAUGGAGGAAGGUUAUCAACGCUCAUUGGUUGAUGAAAUACAUGUUAGUCCCGGUUUACGUCUAUUCCUGGUUCUCAAUCCUAACUCUAUUAGCGAAAACUCGAAGGAAGAUAUGGGUGUUGGUCUAUUUCUUAGCUACAUGCGGUGUUCUUGUUCCUACGCCAUUGAUCGAGUUCAGAUAUUACACCAUUCCGUUUUAUAUCUUCAUGCUUCACUCAAGUGUCAGAAGCAGCGGUUGCGCCACUUGGCUUCUCAUUGGAACGAUAUUCGUCUGUAUUAAUGUGUUUACAAUGGCGAUGUUCUUGUUUAAACCGUUCAAGUGGAGCCAUGAGGAUGGUGUCCAAAGAUUUAUUUGGUAG